AUGACACCCAAGCCAGAGGACGGCGCUCCUCUGCAGCCCACCGAAUCGAACUCGAGCGAGGUCCCCGAGCUACCGCCACCGCCCAACCCGUCGCUGGACCCGAGGCUGAGCAUUACCGAUGCCGAAAGCCCCCCCAACGCACCCGAGAAUGACGACGUCUUCAAACUGUCACCGCGAGCGGCCAUGAGGCUCCUUAGCGGUGGCAUCGAGGCUCUUGUUCGCAUCACGGGCGAUAUCCCACCCACACCUCCGCCAACGAGUCCGACGCUACCUAACAUGCGGGGAAUGACGGCCGAGAAGGAGCUGAUACGAACCAACUCGGAGAAGAACCUGGCGAGGAUGCGCCAAGAAGCCGAGGCGGCCAUGGCUGCUGCUCAAUCGUCCCCUCGACGUCCGACGUUGUCUUCGCACACAAGUGGCUCCAGCGGGUCAGUCUCGCAGUUGAUAGACGGCGUCCAUCUUAGGCAGACGCAGACGCCGACACCGCCGCCGCCAUCGAGACCUCCCGAACCGUAUAUUAUUAUCGGCGAAAACUCGCAGCCAAUCAAUCUUCAGCACAGCGCUAUCACGCGCAAGUUUUACUCCAAGAAGCCGCCGCCGAUCAGUAUCGAGGAGUACCUCACGCGCAUUCACAGGUUCUGCCCCAUGAGCACAGCCGUAUACCUUGCAACGAGCUUGUACAUCCACCGUCUGGCAGUCGAGGAACGCACAAUUCCUGUGACAAGACGAAAUGCCCACAGACUGGUGCUGGCCGGGUUAAGAGUGGCAAUGAAGGCGCUGGAGGACCUCAGCUACCCGCACAGUAAGAUGGCCAAAGUUGGUGGUGUCAGCGAAUUGGAGUUGGCAAGACUGGAGAUCAGCUUCUGCUUCCUCGCAAACUUCGAGCUGGUGGCGCGAGAGGACACAUUGAAGAAGCACUGGGAGGUGCUCAAGACGGAGCAACCGAUCAAGAUCCUGCAACCGACGCCGACUCUGUCGCUGAACCGCAAACCCAGAGACAAGACGUUCGCUGGAAAAGAAAAUGAAUGGAAGUGA